AUGUUCAAAUUUCUACAGUUCACAUUACCAUCUGGCCUCAUGUUGCCUCUUCAUGGUGGUACUACCGUUCUUACUGAAGAGAUGGUACCUAUUGAACAACAGCAACAGCAACGUGAACGUAGUCUUUCACCAGAUAGUUUAGAACAAAGAUUAUUUAAACAACAUAUAAUACCAGAUAAUGAUGAUGAUGAUGAAUCAUUUUUAUCAUCAUCAUCGUCUUUAGUCGAUUCAAUCAGUAUUGAUCAACAACAACAUCAGUUAAAUUCAACAAAAACUAUUGUUCAUAAAUUAACAUCUCAUAGUCUUCUUAAUACUUUAUCGUUUUCAAAUGAUGAAGAUGAUGAUGAUCUUGAUGAUGAUCUUGAUGAAAUUCAUAUUGAUCAAGAUGAAGUUAAUUUACUUUUUUCGGAUCCAGAUGAUGGUGUUUUAUGUCGAUUAUCUAAUGAAUUAAACGAUAUAGACGAUGAUUAUGAUGAUGAAAAUGAGGAUUUUCAUAGACAUAUACUUCCUUUACCUUAUGUAACAUCACCAAAUUUUAUUAUUUCAUCAUUAUCAUCAUUACAAGAUCAACAACAAGUAUAUACAUCUUAUCAUUUUCUUGAUCCCAUAUCUGAAGCUGCUAGUGAAGAAGAACGUCGUGCAGCUAUAUCAAUAAUUCGUCAAAAACAUAAACAUAGUACGUCAUCAUCAUUAUCAACAAGUGCUAAUGGAUAUUGUGAUGGUGAUACAACAACUAAUGAUGAUCUUUCAACAUUGAGUGAUAUUGAUGAACAAAAUACAUCAAUGGAUGAAAAUUCUAUUUCACAAACAUGUUCACUAUUUCGUGAUCAACAACAACAUAUAAACAAAAAACGACGUCAUAAAGAGAUUUGUUCUAUAAAUUGGUCAACAAUGAACGGAACAAUUGAUACCAGUGCUGGUUCUGAUGAUACAUUGGAACGUCUACGUAAUAUAACAAAAAUGUUUGGUAGUAAAAAGAAUGAAGAUGAUGAAGGACAAAAAUUGCAAAGAGUCGAAAAAGUGGCACCAAGUGACAAAAUCAAAAAUACAUUUCAAAAGUUUGAAGAAAUUGGUUCUUCAAACGGUCUUCAAAAUGAAGAAGAAGAUGAAGAGGAAGAUGAUGUUCAACCAUCAGAAUCUGAUGGUAUUGUUCGAUCAACACGAAAAAAAAAGAAACCACCAAAAGAACAUGUUCCUUAUCAUGAAAUGGCAGAAGUUAAAGAUAAAUUUGAAAAAGGUGUAAUGGAUAGUGAUAAACCACGUGCGGAAAAACGUUUAGAUGUUCGUGUACAAAGCGGUUUAGCUUCAUCAAAAAAACAAGCAUUUGAACAAGGCGAAUUCGAACAAGAAAUUGAACCACAUGUUAGUAAAGUACAAAUCGAUACAGACCUUGUUGCUGGUCUUGCAUCAUCAAAGAAACAAGCAUUUGAACAAGGUGAAUUCGAACAAGAAAUUAGACCACAUGCUAAUAAAGUACAAAUCGAUACAGAUCUUGUUGCUGGUUCAACAUCAGCAAAAAAACAAGCAUUUGAACAAGGUGAAUUCGAACAAGAAACUAGACCACAUGCUAAUAAAGUACAAAUCGAUACAGAUCUUGCUGCUGGUUCAACAUCAGCAAAAAAACAAGCAUUUCAACAACAACUUGAGAAUGAUGCAAAUUUAACAAAAACAGUUAUUAUUGAUCGUGAUGCAUUGGUUGGUGCUGCAACAGAUAAAAAAGCUAUGUUUGAAAAAGGUGAUUUCGAUCAAGAUUAUCAUGAACUUGGUUCAGGUCGUGUACAAGCUGAUGCUGAUCUUCUUGUUGGUGCAACAACAGACAAGAAAGCUAAAUUUGAAAGUGGUCAAUUAUCUGAUCGUCCAAUAACACCUACACGUCUUGAUGAAAUGUCAACUAUUGUUGAAACAGGUCUUGCACAAACAAAACGUUCAGAAUUAUUAUCAAAAAUGGAAGCUGAACAACACGUGCAACGUUCAGGUGAUCGACAUAUUGAUAUUGAACAAGAAAGUGGAUUAGCAAUAGCACGACGUGAACAAUUAGCAUCAUUGGCUAGUAGUGAAUAUAAAUCAGCAGAAAAACAUUUUGAUGUAACAACUGGUUCAACAAGUACAAUUAAAGAACAGUAUAUGGCUGAUACAAGUAAACCAGUAAAAGCAACAGUUCAAUCUUUUGAUGUUGAAAGUGGUUUAGCAAAAAGUCGGGCUACAGCAUUUGAAAAUCCAGAUGAAACUACUACAAUCAAACGAACAGUAGAAAUUGAUAAUGAACUUCUUGAACGUGGAGUAGCUAAAGAACGUGUAGCUAUGUUUAAAAAUUUAGAAAGUGGUAGUACACAAACAACAACAAGUUCUGGUGGUGAUUCAAAACUACGUGUUGAUAACGGGAACGUUGUACGUGAAAGUGAUAAACGUGAAGAAAUCUAUUUUGAAAAGGGUCAAACAAAACAACUUGUUGAACAGUGGAAAACAAAACAAGCUUCACCAGAACGAGAUACACCUGACGCUCAAGUUAUACGGGACUCUGAAAUACUUCAACAAGGUAAAGCAAAGAAUCUUGUUGAAAUGUGGAAAACAAUGGAUAAAGAGAACACACCACCUCCUGAACGACGUGGACCACGUACAAUUACACCACCACCUGACAACGAACGACGUUUACCACCUGCUGAAGAUGAUGAAAUGGCUUCUCGGAAACCAGGCUAUGGAGAUGAUAAAGCUAAUAUUGAAUCAGGUCAUGCCAAGGCUGUUCGAGAAAGUGACGAAGAGUGUCUUGGUGUCGAUAGCCUUGUCUCUAUUAUUCAUGACUUGUGGAAUAAGAAUACUAAUAAUAAUGUACUCAUGCAAAAUGUUGAACAAAAUAAUACGGCUAGUACCAGAAAAACAUUGAAACAAGUCACACCACCACCAGAAGGUGUUCGAAGGAAAUCAGCAUCCCCGACGGAUACAGGAAACAGUUCAAGUGGUCUAAUAGAACAAUAUAAUGAUAGUGAAGAAUUUGUACCAACUAAAGGUCAAGCUCAAUCAUUAAAAAAUCGUUUUGCUGAAUUUGAAAAAGAUGCACUUAAAGUUGAAACAGCUUCGUCUAAAAUAAAAUAUACACCAAAACGAUUUGUUGAUACACCUGCACCUAAACAAAUCAGUGCUGAAUCAGCUGUUGAUCCAAAUAAAUGUUCUGUAUGCAAUAAAACAGUUUAUGCAAUGGAAAAAAUUGAAGCAGACAAAAAAAUUUAUCACAAAUCAUGUUUUAAAUGUAUGCAUUGCAAAUCGAUAUUAAAACUUGGAAAUUUUACAGCUAACGAUGGACAAAUUUAUUGUAAACCCCAUUUUCUUCAACUAUUUGCUAUAAAAGGAAAUUAUUCAGCUGGUUUUGGUCUCAAUGAUCACAAGGCACGAUGGUUAUCAAAUUCUUCUUCAUCUUCUUCUUCUCCUAGUAGUAUAUCAAAUACACACGAGUCAACAUUGUCUAACGAAAGUUAA